CUUCCGUUUCAGAGAGUGACGCAUUUCCGUGUUGACCCCACGUUGUCACGUUUCCACGGCAGAUUCAGCUAUUCGCAGAUAGAAAAUUGUAUUAAAGUACUCAAAAUGAGGCCACUGACAGAAGAAGAGACGAAAACGAUGUUUGAGAAACUUUCGAAAUACAUUGGUGAAAACAUCAAACUCUUAGUGGACCGACCCGACGGUACCUUCUGUUUCAGACUGCACAAUGACCGCGUCUACUACAUGAGUGAGAAAAUCCUGAAGUUGGCCACAAACAUCUCCCGUGACAAGCUCGUGUCAGUGGGGACAUGUUUCGGAAAGUUCACGAAGACAAUUAAGUUCCGACUGCACAUCACAGCUCUGGAUUUCCUUGCUCCUUAUGCAAAGUUCAAAGUGUGGGUGAAACCUGGAGCAGAGCAGUCUUUCCUCUAUGGGAACCAUGUGCUGAAGUCUGGACUGGGGAGGAUCACUGAGAACACUCAACAGUAUCAAGGUGUUGUGGUCUACUCCAUGGCUGAUGUGCCCCUGGGUUUUGGAGUAGCAGCCAAGAACACCCAGGAGUGUCGGCGAGUGGACCCCAUGUCCAUUGUAGUGUUCCACCAGGCAGAUGUGGGAGAGUUCAUCAGGAAUGAAGACACUUUAACAUAAAGAUGCAGCAACAACUGGACUGAAUUUUCAUCUAGAACAGCAGCUGUUCUUUUGUAAAUGUUUGAUUGCUGGAUUUAAGUGCCUGCUUUGAUGGCACAGUUAUAGCAGAUGUUACAACUGGCCCAAAGGUCUAAGGACUGCAAUGAAGACCCAUCUUCUGGCUCACCCUUGGAUAAAGGUCUGCGUGAUCUGCAGGGUUCCUUUGUCCCUAAAGCUCCUGAUAUUCCAUCACUCUUACGCAUUUCUUGUCAAAAUGAAAGUGUAUAUUUUUGUUUUUCAAUAAAUAUGUUGUCUUGCAUUUCA